CUCCCGCCCCUUCCCUCCCACACGGCCACACCCCUCUCCCUCUCCUCCCCCCCUUCUCCCUCUCUUCUCCCCAUCUGAGAUCCACCGUUCCAUUCCAGCCUCCCCUCCUCGGCUCCCCAGUUCUCACCAUCAGUUCACCGAUCCCGCCGGGAAGAGGAGGCCGAGACGCGCCGCCAUGGACACGGAGCCUUUCGACGAGGUGGAGCUCCUCGCCCUCCCCGCGUCCCCCUCCGUCUCCCCGCCUCGCCGCCUCAAGCGGCUCAAGAAAUUCUCCUCCCAAAUCACCACCACCGUCGCUACCGCUACCAGCCCUCCUGCCGGCUCCCCCCCGCCGCCGCCGAAGGGACAGGCGUCACCGGGCGGGGAAACCUUAGCUCCGAGCCCGUCUCCUCCCGCGAACCCCACCCCGCGGCCGCCGACGCCGCCAGAUGCGGAUGCGCCGACCCCGCUACCCGAUUCCUCUCCUGCCCCCGUCUCCUCGCCGCUGCCGCUGACCGACACCCCCGACGACGACGAGGAGGAUGACGGGCUCGACCCGCUGAUUUCGGAGAUCGUCGCCGCCGGGGGGUGGGACCCGCUCGGCGCGCCAGCGGAAGGGGACGACGGCGACGACGAGGAGGAGAUGCUGCGGGGCGGGCUCAUCGAGGAGCUGCGGAGGGAGAAUUCCGCCAAGAAGCGGCUCGACAUGGAAGAAGCCGAGGGGGGAGUGGCUGCUGCGGGGGCAGAGGCCAAAGGGAAGAGGAGCAAGAGGAAGAGGAAGGUGGAGGCGCCCAAGGAGUCAGCCCGGGAGAAGAAACGGUCGGAAAAGGAGAGGAGGGUGCAGCUUGAUUCGAUCCACGUUGAGUCACAGAGGUUGCUGCGAGAAACGAGGAGUGCUUCGUUUAGGCCAAUUGUGCAGCCAGUUUGCAAGCCCAUCUCAUCUGUCCUGGAGAAGAUCCGCCUCCGUAAGCUGGAGGUUCUAAAGAAGUCAAAUACUACUGUUGAAGACGAUGAUGACAAUGCUGCUGCUUCCGAGCCAGCGAGUGAUUCUGUUGUGCGUUUGGAUGUGCCCCAGGAUGAUGUUGACAAGGAGUUUGGAGAUCUCGAUCAGUGUAAUGUUGCAGAGGAUGAGAAUGAUUUGAAUUGCAAGGAGAAAGAUCACCAUAAUCAUGAUACCAAAGCUCCAGAUGAGGAAAUUUCUGAUGGAUUGGAAGACAAUCAUGAGAAUACCCAAUCAAGUGGUAACCAUAACAAUUCAGAAGAUCAAACUCAACUGCUCCCUUCUUUGAGCCCUGCUGAGAUUGCAGAUGAAUCUUCAUCCGAAGACGAAGAAGAUAAUGAUAAAGAGAAUAUAGAGCCGAGCACUCAAAAUAAUGAUGUAAAUACUCGUGAACACCUCCAACGAGCUAUUGGAGAUUCAUGUCCAGAUAAUGCCAUCAUGAAGGAUUUUCUAGAUGAUGAAGCUGAGGAAGAGGAUGAUAGUGAUAAUGACAUGAUGAGAUUUAAGGACGAUGAAGAAGAAGAUGGGAGUGAUGAGAAUGAAGUUUUUAAUGACCUGAUAGCGGCUGGCUAUGAAGAAAAAGAAGUAGAUCAUGAGAAGCGUAAUGAACUCCACCAAAAGUGGCUUAAGCAACAGGAUGCCGCUGAAACAAAUAAUGUCAUGCAAAGGCUGAAGUUUGGCCAUCAGGAGCAGAAAGAAUCAGUGCAUGAAGAUGAAGAUGAAGAUAUAGACGACUGUGAGGUUGAAUCGGAUAAGGAAAUGCCAUACGAUUUGACUCCAGCAAAUGUUGUGCGGCAGAAUUCUGAAAAGGCAAAACAAAUGAUUGCAAAGAUGUUCACAGAUGAUAAUGAUACUUAUGAACACUCGGAUGAUGAGGAGAUAGAAGAACAUUUGGCCCGUCAACGUAUUUCAAAGCGAGAAGUUGAUAGUAACACAUUGAUAUCUCCGCUGGAAGAUGACAGCUCAAGGGAAGUAUUUGGUCUAAUAAAGAAGCUCAAUAUUGCUCCUCAGCCUAAGAAGAGAGGAAAGCAAUCAACAUCAAAUCAUCAAAUGCUUAUGGCUGGAAGGAACAGCAGCGCUUUAAAGUCAUCUUUCCUUGGUCGAACUGCCAGUGGUUCAUUGGUGUCUUCCCAUAGAUCAGUUCAUAGAUCUUAUGUAUUCGGCCGUGAUGACAGCAAUAGUAGUACCAGGAGCUGCAUGUCUACUUCAGAGAGUAUUUCAGAUAUGGAUCAGACAAAUUCAAGCCAACCUAAGAAGGCGAAGUUUAGCAGUUCACAGCCAAAGCCAGUGGGGCCACGGGCAAAUUCAAAGAGUGAUACGAAUUCGGGUGUUUCAUUAUUUGAGAUCCUGCGUAGGACUUCUUCAGUUACUUCUGAUAGACAAGAGCUCAGCAGUCAGGAAAGCUGUAGCAUGAUCACUGAAAGUCAAGCUGUGCAUCAGUUUUCUGCAUUUAAGUUGUCAAGGAGGUUUUCUAGGGUGGGAGCAAGAAACUGACAGCCUCCCUCCCAGCUAAUACUUGCGGCCAUCAUCAAACAGAAUUUCAGAAAUGAAUAUACUUUCCUGUGUGUUUCAUCAUAGCAGCUUGUUUCCUGUGGCCGUUUUUGAGUUCUUAAUCCUGUUUCAUCAGCAUGCAUGCGCUUGAGAACGUACAUUGGAUGGAGUAUCAUGUUUCCUUAUUUCAGUCCAUUGGUUCUUCAAAGUCAAACAGAUGAUGUUAGUCUGUUACCAAAUGUAUGGACCUGGGAGUUGGGACUCAACAAUAGUUGUAACUUAUGAUCGUUGAAGCAAAGAUUAUGUAUAUGGAGACUUGCCAAGUUUAUCAAAAACACUUGCAAAGUUAACUGUGUGCAAUCUUGCUAGUUGGGAAGUGUAUGGCACAUGCUUUGCUCGU